ACCAGGCGGUGUACGAGCGCUUUUUGCGGAAGCCGCAGCGGCCGAUGACGCAAAAUUUCUAGUAAUUUCUAAUAUGAAUUCGGACAUAAAAUCCCUAGUCCGUAAGAAGGAUGUUGAUCAAGCUAUAAAAGGUACGGUUGACAAAGUAUUAGUCUUGAGAUUCGGAAAGGAAGGAAGUACGGAAUGCUUGCGUCUUGAUGAAAUCCUUCGAAAAACUGCACCUUUGUUGAGUCGUAUGGCUGAAGUGUACACCGUAGAUACAGCCUCCGUGCCAGUCUACACUAGGUACUUCGAUAUAACGAUAACUCCUUCCACGGUGUUUUUCUUCAACGGACAGCACAUGAAAGUUGACUACGGGACUGCCGAUCACACAAAAUUCAUUGGUUGUUUCAAAACGAAACAAGACUUUAUCGACCUCAUCGAAGUGAUCUAUCGUGGUGCAAUGCGUGGAAAGCUAAUGGUGACUUCGCCCAUCGACCAAGCUAAUCUCCCUAAAUACGAUUUGCUCUUCAUGGAUAUUUAG